GUUUAUGCUAGUUCAUGCUAUCAUGAUUAUUUGUUCAGUGUACUAGCUGUCAAUUAUUUUGUUGAUAUAGAGGAGAUAUGUGAUUUCGUAAAAGUAUUUUGUUUUUUCUGUAAAAAAUUAACAAAAUGGCUACGAAACGUAGAUAUAUUGAGGAUGAGCUUUCGCGAUUCGAGGCGGAAAUAUCUAAACAAACUUCGCAGCCUGCAAGAAAUUUAUUCGUUCCUUCUCAAGUAAGGCCUAUAAUUGCAGCAAACACGUACAACCAGGUUCAGCAAAAGUUGCAACAACAACCGCAAGGGACAACAAUAUCUUCGCCAGUACAAGUUACUCCACGUGUAACAGUAGCCCCGCCAGUGAUUCCACCACCAACAUUUAUGCCCACUUUUGUACCUACUCAAGUAAAUAACACUGGUGGGCAAUUGAAAGCUGUAGGACCGUCACCUUCUUCUCUUACAGCGACGCCUGUUGUGGUUAGUAGUGCUCCAAAAUUAUACCAAAGUAGACAAUCGGUGAAUGUUCCUGCUACACCGCAUAUCGACAUAAAUGCCAUACAAUUUGAUGUUACUCAAAAAUUAAAAAAACUAAAAGCUGAAAAAUCUGGUCCAAAUCCUAUUGCAGAGGAAGCAAUUAAAGCCGCUAGAGCAUCAUCAGCUUUGCAAUCAUUUCAAACAACAGAGCGGAAAAAGAAGGAUCGUAAGACUAUACGAGUAGCGGGUGGAACAGUCUGGGAGGACUCUUCAUUAGCAGAUUGGCCUGAUGAUGAUUUUCGCAUAUUUUGUGGUGAUUUGGGUAAUGAUGUGAAUGACGAAGUUUUAACCCGGACAUUUAAUAAAUAUCCGUCUUUUCAACGAGCACGCGUUAUCCGUGAUAAAAGGACUGGAAAAAGCAAGGGGUUCGGCUUUGUAAGUUUUCGGGAGCCAGCAGAUUUUAUACGUGCGAUGAAAGAAAUGGAUGGUCGUUAUGUCGGAAGUAGACCAAUAAAACUACGUAAAAGUACAUGGAAACAACGCAGCUUGGACAUAGUCAAGAAGAAGGAACGUGAAAAGCAGCAGCUGUUACAAUCCUUCAAUUCAUAAUUUUUUCAAGCAUAAUGAUAUGCUUAUGUGAAUAAAUUAUGAUUAUUUAAAUUUUAAAUACAACACGUGUUCAUUUGAGAAUUAUUUUUGUGUCAAUCAAAUAAUAGUAAACUUCCUGGAAUUACCGCAAUGUAAAAGAAUAUUUAGAUUAAGAACCAUUAAUCUAAAAGCAGCUCAAAACUUGAAAAAACAUUUUACUUUUGUUCUUACCAACAGAAAAGUUUGACCAAACAUCCAUUAAUAAAUAUGUGUGACUUCAAUUUGAUAUAACAAUA